UUUUGGUGCCUGCUCUGGCUGACGACAAUAUACCAAAUUGAUUUUCGUUUCGUCAUGGAGGGACCAAAACCAGUUUCUGCUGCACAAGGAAGCGCAUCAAGGAAUCCAGAUGAAACAGAAGCAAAUACGAGAAAAUUACUGGAGGCAGCGCGAAGGGGAGACUUAGAGGAGACCUUAAAGUUGGCGGCGGCGGAGAGAGGAGCAAUCAGGGCAGAGGUGAUGACGUACUGGCGGGGAAGAGCACUUCAUAUUGCACUUACGUUUGGGCAUUUGCACAUUGUUGACAAGUUAGUGCAACUCAUGUCACCGAAUGAUCUUGAGCUGGCAACUGAUUCAAACACAGUGUUGUGUUCUGCUGUUUUAAAUAAGGAUGAGAAUUUUAACAUUUCAGCUGCAAAAUGCAUCGUCGCAAAACAUGAUAGGUUGCUCACUCUUCCAACCCCAUAUUAUUGGAUUCCGGUGACAUGGGCUGUUGAAUUGGGCCACAAUGAACUGGCUCGCUAUUUGUAUUCUGUCACUCCAUUUCAUGUGUUGCGCCCUGAAAAUGGCAAAUAUGGCGCUGAUCUUCUCGUCAGGUGCUACUAUUCCAAGAUGUUUGAUGUGGCUGUGGACUUGUUGAGGCGUUGUCCAAGAUUAGCAAUGCGUAAUCAGGGUCAGGGAGCUGGGGAUAACUUAUUGUUGACGUUAGCAAAAGCACCUUCCUCGUCACUAGAUCAAAUCCGGUUCCCAUCUUGGAAAAGAUGGUUCUAUGAAAGGAUCCACGUGCACCUAGCCCAUGAAUUUAAUCUAGAUGAAGUUGUUAAUCCCGUUGCGGAAGUUAAUGACAGCAUCAGAGAUAAUUAUGCAAGGAGUGCUGGUAGUGAUGUGGCUGUGGACUUGGCGAGGGAUUGUCCAAAAUUAGCAAUGCGUGAUCAGGGAGCUGGGGAUAAAAGCCAAUUCCCAUCUUGGAAAAGAUGGUUGUAUGAAAGGUUACUGCUCGGAUUGGUUGGGAAUAUUGACAAUUUAUUAGGAAUUAAGAAAAUACGCGAAGCAAAGUUAGGUCACCAACAAUAUCUUGCACUCUUACGUGCUACAUGUAGAGGAGUGACUCCUUUAAAUGAUAAAGAAAUACAAGAAAGUGGAAUAAGGAAUGCGAUAUUUGAGGCAGCAAAACGAGGGAAUGCUGUAUUCAUUGUGGAAGCAUUAAAGGUGCACUUUACACUUUAUGCGAUCCAUGAUGAAAAAAGGAGGCGCAUAUUUUCCCUCGCUGUGGAGUAUCGUCAAGCAAACGUUUACAAUCUUAUUCAUGGCCUUAGUGCGAAACCUUUUCUUUCAACCUCCAUAGAUUACUUUGGAAAUUCCAUGCUACACACAACUUAG